AUGUCGGAUGCGGAUUUAGAGGAGAUUCGGAAAGGUCGCCUCGCGCAGCUCCAGCAACAGCAAGGCCAGAACUCGUCAGGUAGUGGCUCACAGGAGGAAGACCGGAAGCAGCAAGAACAGGAGGCACGUCAGUCCAUCCUAUCACAGAUUCUGACCCCAGAGGCGUCAGAUCGCCUGGGUCGUAUCCGGUUGGUAAAGGAGUCUCGUGCCACAGAUGUGGAGAACAGGCUCAUCAUGCUCGCAAGAAGUGGGCAGCUAAGGAGCAAGGUCACAGAAGACCAGCUCAAGGAAAUUCUUGGUGCAAUGUCUGAGAAUGAAGAGAAGGGUGGUAACAGUGGCGGGGGAAGAAUCGUGAUCAAUCGCAGAAAAGACUUCGACGACGAUGAUGAUGACUUACUAGACCUUUGA